AUGUUCUGGGCCUGUGAAGCGGAUGGCAAUACCCCUGUAACGUUGCUAGAACUUUCCAAACCUCUCGACCUGGAUCCUUCUGACAUUCCAUGUCUGGCAGAUAAGACUUUUAAACUUCGAGGAGAGGAAGGGUACGAAAUGAGAGAAACGCAUGCAUACGGUUUCGAUCGGCAACAAAUGAAGCAUCAUAGGGUUGUAAUAGAACAUUUCUACACAUCGGGAGGGGUCGACAGAGGAUUUGACAACGCCCGAUGGGUAUUCACAGAAAAGUACAUGGUCUUGAACGAUCUUGGUGGACCAUUGGUGUACAACUCUAGUGGAACAGCAGUCGUUCUUGGAGUGAAGACAAAUAGCCCUCAUGAUAUCCAUGGAGACGGAGUCUACUUUUACAAUAUGGCUUUCAUCCAGGACGCGGUCUGUGAAUUCUCGGGCAUCUGUCCUCCAAUCAUUCCACCAACGACUACUACAGUACCCCCUCCAACUCCGCCUCCUCCUACACAGAAUCCCAAUAUUCUGGAAAGUUCCACACAACCAAAUGCUUCACUUUCUCCAAGAAUCCCUCCCAACCCAAAUUCAAAUCUCACUGAUUACGUUGAGACGGAUUUUGAGGAGCCGAAUGAUUUCAAAGUGGAAGUGGAAUAUGUGAAUGAAUUGGAUGAGAGAGAAUUGGAGGUUUAUUUUGAGAGGGAUAAGUUUAAUGCAAGUGGAGGAAUCGAGAAGGAUGUGAACUCAUUUUUGAUUUAUAUGAUUUUUGUGAUUUGGAGAGUUUUUUGGAACUGA